AUGCAGAGCAGCUGCAGCAGCGAAAUCGCUGGCGAGAAGGGCUUCCGCAGGUGCUCAUGGUUGCUGAGAAGCCUUCCGGGUUUGUCUUCGGCAUGUCCCGUGCUGGAGUUUGCGGCUGACUUUCCGCCCACCGGCCAGCGGAGCGUGAUCUGCGUGACCUCAGUGAUUGGCCACUUGUUUCAGCUGGAGUUCGAUGGCCGCCUUCCACAGCAACUGGCGCAGAUCUACGAGGCACCCGUGGUGAAGACCUUCACUGACAGCGCGCGCAAGGCCCGUGUGGCUGACCAUCUGCAGGAGCUGGCGCAGGGGUCGUCACAGCUGUGCCUGUGGCUGGACGCAGAUCGUGAGGGAGAGAACAUCGGCUUCGAGGUGAUUGCUGUGUGCAAGGAGUGGUUCCCGGACAACUCGAAUGUCCAUCGGGCCAUCUUCUCUGCGCUCACUCGGGAAGAGGUCGCCGCAUCCUUCAAGGCACUGGGUCGUCCAGACAUGGCGGUGGCGCAGGGUGUUGAUGCGCGGCAGGAGUUGGACCUUCGGGUCGGCAUCUCCUUCAGCACGCUGCUCACGCGUCAACUCAAGGAUACGCGCCUCGGCAGCGUGCAAAGAGGUGUCACCCGAUCAAUCACAUACGGACCUUGCCAGACCCCUGCGCUAGGUUUCUGUGUCCAAAGGCAGCGGGACAUCGACAGCUUCCAGCCACAGAAGCUGUGGACCUCCCAGGUGGAGCUGCGCCACCGUCAGGGCGGCUCUCUCAAGCUCGUCUGGAAGGAAGGGCGGACAGACAAUGAGAAGCAGGCGGCAGCCAUGAAGCAGACGUUUCUUCGCAAUCGGGUGGCGAGGGUGAAGUCCAGUUCCAGCAGCUCCGAGGUGCUUCAUCGGCCGACAGGCCUCAACACUGUCCAGCUUCUACGGUCCGCGAGCAAUGCGCUGAACCUUGGCCCAAAGCAGGCCAUGAAAGUGGCAGAGGACCUGUACUCUGCUGGCAUCAUCUCAUACCCUCGCACAGAAACCACGCGAUACCAUGAAACCUUCGACGCAGAGGCUUCGCUCCGUCCCCUGAGCCGCCACCCGGCAUUGGGCCGCGCGGCAGUGCGCGCCCUUGGUGCUUGGCGUUCCCUGGCUGGCAAGGCGCAGAGCUACAGGGCUCGAGAUGUGGGGGACCACCCCCCCAUCGUGCCUCUUAGAGUGGCUGCCUCCGAGGAACUUCGGUCCGGAGCCGCGAAGCGGCUUUACGACUUCGUUUGUCGACAUUUCUUAGCUUCUUGGCUUGGUGAUGUGCAGCUGGAAAGACGGGAGGCGUGCUUCAGCAUUGGCGACUUCGACUUCGAAGUCGUGCUGCGAAGGCUGCCCAGAGACCGUGGCUGGCUUCAAGCCAUGCCAUGGCGCAUUGACGAACUCUGCCUGGAGGACGGCACAAAGCGUCUGGAUUGCCUGGAGCAGCUGGUUAACCAGGGCACGGCAGACAUCAGCAACUGGAACUUGGAAGAGUCCUGGACAGCACCCCCACUGCCGUUGACAGAGGCAGAGCUUGUGGACCUGAUGGACAGGAAUGGGAUUGGCACAGACGCGUCGAUCCCGCAACAUAUCCAGACCAUCCAGGAUCGCGGCUACGUCCAGCUCUGCGACGGCAGCGGAGCACCCAUUGAGGUGAUGAAGGUGGGUGCCUUCGGCCGCAAGCGAGGCAGGCCGAGCCAGAGGCCAAAGGCACCUGGGAGGUACCUUGUUCCGACGGAACGAGGAAUGGCCCUGGUGCGGGGUCUCAGCCACCUUGACGCUUCCCUCUGUGAGCCCGAGGUUCGGGCUUUGAUUGAGCGCGAGUGUGCGAUGGUGGCCCGGGCCGAGUUGCUCCAGGCCGAGGUGCUCAAGCGCAAUGUCGACCUUUUCCGGGGCAAGUUCCAGCAUGUGCAGCAUUCCAUUCACGAGCUGCGGACUUUUUUCCAAGCGCCUGGAGGCUCCCGACAACGCAAUGCUCGUCUGAAAGGAGAGGCCAACAGGAAGAAUCGAUCCCGGCGACAAAAAAGGUUUGCAAGUGAAGCUUGA